AUGUGGAAAGACCUCGCAACCCCAAUCCGCCACAUCGCGCGCACCACCGCGACAACCACCAUUCGCACACAACCAGCUUCCGGAAACAUCCUAAGCCGCAACCUCGCAACCCGCCAGUCCCAGCGCACAUUCACCGCGAUCCCGCGCCGCCAAGCACAACCCCAAGACGAAGAAGACCACUUUCACGACCGGCACGCGCUCGAUCCCUCGCGGACUGAAGCCUCGCAGUCCGGGACGACCGACGAAGUCUCGCAUCGCGACGCGGCAUUCGACCCCUCUAACACGGCACCGGAGACCGAGAUUGGGGCGUCGAGGGAGGAGUCUAAGCGGGAAGGGUCUAGGAGGGAUCCCCUCGGGGUUAGUGCCGGGGAUAAGGAUGUUGGACGGGAGAGGGAUCCGAUGGAGGGAGGUGCGGAGAAAAAUGCUGAUAAGGAGGGGCAUAGUACUAGGGGGUCUGCGAGGAAGAAUCGUGAGAUCAAGGUUGGGGGGAGAUAG